AUGAUGAGCGUGAGUUAUCUAAACCUUGUGAAACUGCCUCAACCAAUCAUCAUACUCAUGAUGCUGCACUUGCAGGCUGAGUUGUUCAUGAUAGGGUCAUGUUGGAGAAUGGGAGAUGCCAACGCUAGUUGCCUGCACAAGGAAAGACGAGCUCUUCUCGGCAUGAAGAAUGCCUUUGUGGACGAUUAUGGUCGUCUGUCUUCAUGGGGCUCUUCUCCAGAUUGUUGCCGCUGGAGUGGUGUUCUCUGUAAUCCUCACAGUGGCCAUGUUGAGAUGCUCGAUCUUUAUGGUGAUUAUGACUCCUGGCGGCCUUUAAGAGGUGAGAUUAGCCCAUCAUUGAUGGACUUGCAAAACUUAAACUAUUUGAAUCUCAGUUCCAAUGAUUUCAAUCAGAGUCAAAUCCCGAAAUUUUUUGGUUCUCUCACCAAAUUACGAUACCUUGAUCUAUCUAGUUCUUUUUUUGGUGAAAAAAUACCAAUCGAACUUUGCAAGCUUGCAAACUUGUUGGUUCUAGAUAUUUCCUUCAAUGAUUUAGUUGGUAGUAUGCCUUUCCAUCUUGCCAACCUUUCAAGUCUGCAAGAGCUCCGUCUAGAUUGGAAUCAUUUAGUGGGCAAUAUUCCUAGCCGACUUGGUAAUCUGUCAAGCUUGGAGAUACUCCAGAUUGGCUACAAUGAUGGUUUGAAAAUUGAUGACAAGAGCUUGGAUGCCAUUGAGUGGCUUUCCAAUCUUCGGUCGUUAACUUCGCUUGAUUUAAGCUAUGUUUCUAAUCUUAAUUACUCUGACAACUUGUUGCCAAUUAUUGGGAAGCUUCCAAACCUGAGAGAGCUACGGCUUGCAAAUUGUAGCUUGACAGACAAUAAUAUUCUAUUAACUCCUCCAUCUCAUUUGAAUUUUUCUAGAUCUCUCUUAACUCUUGAUCUUGGUGAAAACAAGCUGACAUCAUCAGUAUUCCCUUGGCUGUUCAAUCUAAGCUCUAAUCUUGCAUACCUUUCUUUGUCCAACAAUCACUUGGGUGGUCCCAUUCCGGUUGAUUUGGGAAAAAACAUGAACUCUUUAGUGACUCUUGACCUUUCCUAUAAUGACCUAAAUGGAACAAUCAGUGACAUCCAUUUUGAUAAUCUCACCGAGUUAGAAGAUUUGUACUUAUCUGAUAAUUUGUUGACUCUCAAAUUCAGCAACGACUGGAUUCCUCCGUUUCAGUUACAACACUUAUGGUUAGAGCACUGCAAGUUGGGCCCUGGAUUUCCUAGAUGGCUUCGCACUCAAAAUAAUUUACAAAGUGUAAGUUUUUCUCAUGCUGAAAUCAACGAUUCUAUACCAGAGUGGUUUUGGAGACUUAUAGAGGGAGCACAUUCACUUCGUAUAGAGUCAAGCAAUCUCACAGGUGUAAUUCCAGAUUUGCCACUUGAAUUUAAUUUUUAUCACAUAUCUUUGGCUUCCAAUCAAAUUAGAGGCUUUAUUCCACCGUUCCUACUAAAGAGCCAAUUUUUAUACAUUUCAGAAAAUCUAAUUUCAAAAUUUGUUCUUCCACCAAGUGGCAAGGGUAAAAGUGCAAUUGUUGAAAAUUUGGUUUAUUUAAAUCUCUCAAAUAAUAAUUUAUUAGGGGAACUUCCUGAUUGUUGGGAUCAUUUCAAAUCUUUAAGGAUUCUUGAUUUAUCCAAUAACCAACUUUUAGGAAGGAUUCCUGACUCUAUGGGGUCCUUAAGUCAACUUCAGCAGUUAGUUUUGCGAAACAAUUGCUUCAAUGGUGGACUGCCUUCGCUCAAAAAUGCAACUGAAUUGGCCAUGUUAGAUUUGGAAAAAAAUGACUUGUCAGGACCAAUACCACCUUCCUGGACAAGUGACAAUCUAAAAGAGUUGGAAACUCUUAGUCUACGUAUGAAUAAAUUAGAUGGAAAGUUGCCCUUGCAUCUAUGUUAUUUACCCAAGGCCAGGGUUUUGGAUCUCUCUGUUAACAAGUUUAUAGGACCAAUACCAAGUUGCCUUGACAAGCUGGUUGCAAUGUCUCAGAAAUAUGUUAUAAAUGAUUCUGAUUAUAAUAUCAACCUCAUUCAGAACGGAACAGUUCGAGAAAGUGGAAUUUUUUAUUGGAAGUUGCCUAUGGUGUGGAAAGGAAGAGAAUUGGUGUAUGAAGACCAUUAUGGGCUUGUGAACAUUGAUUUCUCUAACAAUCAAUUGGAGGGGGAAAUGCCAAUAGGAAUUGUAAAAUUGGCCGAGUUGAGAUUUCUGAAUCUAUCAUCAAAUAAGUUGAGUGGAAAAAUCAUUUCAGAAAUAGGACAACUAAAAUCGCUAGAAACUCUGGAUCUCUCAAGAAAUCAUUUUGAUGGAGAAAUUCCUUCGAGCCUUGCUGAAAUAUCUUCGCUAAACACUUUGGAUUUAUCAAACAACAACUUGACAGGACAAAUUCCCAUAGGAACGCAAUUGCAAUCUUUUGAGCCCUCCCGCUAUGAAGGAAACCCUUACCUCUGCGGGAGACCGUUGGACAAGCUCUGUCCUUCUGAAGAUCAUCCAUUUGGGAAUGAGACGCAAGCUAACCAACCUGCUCAUGAAGAUGACACUUUCAUGAAAGGAUUCUAUGAAAGCUUGGGUGUGGGAUUUGCUGUUGGAUUUUGGAUAGUAUUUGGCUCAUUGUUAGCUAUUCGAUCAUGGAGGCAUGCCUCCUUCAAUUUGGUAGGCAAGGUGUCAAACUAUAUAUAUGUGGCAACAAUGCUUCUUGUGGCGAGGUGGCGCAGGUGGCUCCCCAACUAA